CCCCCCCCCAACCUCUCCUGGCUCUGCCUUCCUGGCCGGCUGUAGGGCCGCCCCGGCAGAAGGGAGCGGGAGGCAUGGGCGUGGGGUCGGGGCUGGGAACCGCGGCGGGCGGCUCGCUGCUGCUGUGCGCCGCGCUGGGGGCCGCGGGCUGCGCGCUGGGCCUGCGCCUGGGCCGCGCGCGGGGAGCGGCGGACCGCGCGGCGCUCGCCUGGCUCGGCUGCGACGCGCUGGUGCACUGCGCUCUGGAAGGCUCUUUUGUCUACUUGUCUUUCAUGGGAAAUAUUGCUGAUUCUGAUGGCUUCAUUGCUUCCUUGUGGAAAGAAUAUGGCAAAGCUGAUGCAAGAUGGCUUCAUUUUGACCCAACCAUUAUGUCUGUGGAAAUCCUGACUGUUGUCCUGGAUGGGUGUCUGGCAUUGGUCCUCAUGUACGCCAUAGUCAGAGAGAAAUAUUAUCGGCACUUCAUGCAGAUCACUCUGUGCGUGUGUGAACUGUAUGGCGGGUGGAUGACCUUCUCCCCGGAGUGGCUUAUGGGAAGCCCCAACCUCAGCACCAACAACUGGCUCUACUUUUGGGUCUAUCUGGUAUUUUUCAAUAGUGUGUGGGUUCUGAUACCAGGACUGUUACUGUGGCAGUCGUGGGUAGAACUCAAGAAAAUGUAUCACAAAGGAACCUGCUUAGAGAAAAAGUUCCAAUGAAUUUUCAAAAAUCAUAAACAUUAUUUUCUAGCUUUAUGAGCCAGACUGGAUUAAACCUUUUUGUUUUGCUAAAAUUUAAUACAUUCCAGGCUACAAUUUAUUUUAUAUUGUUAUUCCUGAACAACCUACUUCGAAUUGAUUGUAAGAUGGCAAGAUUUUGUUGUUGGUUUAUUUUUCCAGUGAAAUGGCAAUAUAGGGAACAGAGAAUAAAUUUUAACUUGUAAUAAUCACAUAGUUAAUUAUACAUUUUUAUAUGUAAGAUUAAUUGUGCUAUGUUAAUAAAGCCAAUAAUCACAAAAUACUGUAGAGCAUGUUAUAUUAAUUUUUUUCCAAAGAACAUGUUGCUUCAACUUUUAAUGUUCUUAUUAGUCUUUUUGUUCUCAAAAUGAAACCAGAAAUGAAAUAAA